UUGAUAAAACCGUCGACUGAACUGAAUGCUCUCUCGCCUCUCUCCUCUCCUCCGCGCCGCACCUCUCCCCCCACCUUCUUCAAUGGCGGCGCGCGUCAUCUCACGCAUGCUCCCCUCCAUUGCCGCCAUGCCUUCGAGGCUCACGCAUCUGCCGCCUCAUCGCCGCUUCUACGCGCUGGCGUCGUACUCGGAGGUCGCAUCUAUUUCCGGAAGGAGGAUAUUUGUCAGUGAUAGUGGCUCGCGUAACUCGCGGUUCGGCGGCAGAAAUGGAGGUGUUGUCGUGGCGGAAGGGCGGAGGGAGUAUCGGAAAGUUAGGAGCAGAAGAGUGGCGGCGGCAAAGAGGAGCAAGGAAAAGCAGCUGGAGCUGAGCGUGAAGAUUUGCCUCGAAGAACAAUUGCCCGAAGAUCCUGAAAUUGUGGAUAUAACAGAAAUCAUGCGUCUAAAUGUUCCAAUGGCAAUGAAAUUAGCAUUUGAGCGUCUAAAUGAUUCACAAUAUACAACAAGAGACGCCGUAAUAACUGAUGUUGGCUGUUAUGAGAGUGUUGAGCUAUCAGUACUUUUUUGCAAUGAUGAAUUCAUUCAGAAACUAAAUAAAGAUUGGAGAGGUGAAGAUCAUGCUACAGAUGUCCUCUCAAUGUCCCAACAUAUCCCCGAGCUCAAGCUUCCGAUUCUAAUGUUGGGUGACAUCGUAAUUUCUGUUGAGACAGCUGCACGACAGGCAGAGGAGAGAGGACACACUCUUAUUGAUGAAAUCCGUAUCCUCAUGGUUCAUGGGCUGCUACAUCUUUUGGGUUUUGAUCACGAGUUAAGUGAUGAAGCAGAAAAGGAAAUGGAGAAUGAAGAGGAACAUAUGCUGAAGGGUCUUGGUUGGAAGGGGAAAGGUUUGAUUCAGAGUGCAUAUGAUGCUGAAGCCAAUGGUGGUCCAUAUACUUAUCCGUCAGAUGACAGGAAGAUAGCUGGCAGUCUCCGGUUUUACAAACCAAAAUUUGGCUACAUCUUCUGCGAUAUGGAUGGUACACUUCUUAACAGCAAAAGUCAAAUUUCUUCAUCAACGGCAGAAGCUCUGAAAGAAGCUUCAUCAAGGGGUGUAAAAGUAGUGAUAGCCACUGGAAAAAGUCGCUCAGCAGUGAUGAAUAUAUUUAAGAUGGCCAAUUUGACCGGUAAAGAUGGCAUUAUUUCAGAAUCAUCUCCCGGAGUUUUUGUACAGGGAUUGCUUGUCUAUGGGAGGCAGGGACGAGAAAUAUGCAGAAAGAAUUUAGAUCCUACUGUCUGCAGAGAGGCGCUUCUCUACUCUCUCGAGCAUAAAAUUCCAAUUAUUGCCUUUGCUGAGGAUAGGUGCUUGACAUUGUUUGAACACCAACUUGUGGACUCGCUUCAUACUGUGUACCAUGAGCCAAAGGCAGAAAUAAUACCAUCAGUUGAGCAGCUCAUGGCAGGCGUUGAGAUACAGAAGCUCCUCUUCUUAGAUACCGCUGAGGGAGUUGCUGGUACUAUACGCCCAUACUGGGCUGAAGCUACAGGUGAUCGUGCAUCUGUCGUCCAAGCACAAGCAGAUAUGCUUGAAAUUGUACCGCUUGGCACAUCUAAAGGAAGCGGAGUAAAAAUACUUCUUGAUCAUCUCGGUGCUACACCGGAUGAGGUCAUGGCCAUUGGUGAUGGGGAAAACGAUGUCGAGAUGCUGCAGUUGGCUUCUCUUGGUGUUGCUCUCAGCAAUGGGUCGCAGAAGGCAAAAGCUGUAGCGAAUGUAAUCGGCAUCAGCAACGACGAAGAUGGAGCUGCUGACGCGAUAUACCGGUAUGCAUUCUGAGACGCUGGCUGCAAAUCGUGUAAAGUCAGUUUCUCUCUCUUGAAGGGUGCAUGAGAAAGAAUGCAACCUCGUGUCCCAUUUGAUUGAAGAGUCUCUUGAUCUUGAGACUUUCGGUUUUGGUUUAUAAACUCAGAAUUUUGAGCCAAUUCAUUACAUUCUCUUGAAUGACUUAGAUCAGAAAAAUGAUAACAACAAUGAAGAAAUUCAACUUUUU